UUAAACGUUCUGUGAUUUAUAUUUAUAAACAACAAAGCAACCAACCCGAUUAAUCCGAAAAAUUUUUAAUUUACAAUGAAAAACGAGAUAAAUAGCGAUGAAGAAAAUGCAAAGGAAAAGAGAAAGCACAUUGUUAUCAAGAAUUCAGCUGAUCUACAAAGAAUGAAACUUGAAAAAUUAAUGAAGAAUCCUGAUAAACCAGUAAUAAUACCAGAAAGGCCUAAACCUAGGGGUGUACCAGCAGUCCCUGAUUUUGUGAGAAAUGUUAUGGGUUCAAGUGCAGGAGCUGGGUCUGGUGAAUUUCAUGUUUAUCGACAUUUAAGAAGGAAAGAGUAUGCUAGACAAAAAUAUAUGCAAGAGAAGGCAGAGAGGGAAAGACUCGAUGAGGAGUAUCAUAAGAAACUUGAGGAGCACAGAUUGAUGGCAGAAGCAAAAACAGCUAAGAAGAGAGCAAAGAGAUUAAAGAGGAAGGCGAAAUGUAAAAAUAAAAAGCCUAGACUGGAAAAAAAAUCUUCAGGUUCAGAAAGUGAAGAAGAUGAAGAAUUAACAGAAGGUGAACAUGAAGAUAAAAAAAACACGAAUGAGGAUCCUAAAGAAAGUCAAUCUAAAUCUGCUGAUGAAGAUGAAGAAAAACAAGUAAAAGAUGAUGGAAAUAAUUCAACUGUUGGUGUUAAAGAAGAAGCUUGUAAUGAAGUACCUUUAGAUUGUGAUGCGGACAUUGCUGAAAUGCCUAUGAUUACAAAUGAGGCAGAACCCGUUGAAUGAAUUUGAAAUACAUUUACAUACAACUGUUAGUGUUUGUAAAAUGUAAUAAUGUAUCUAUGUAAAUAAAAUUUUUUACGGUA